GCUUGUACGCUCAUGGUGCCUGCGUUUCUACUGUAUUUAUAUUUGCUGUUGUUAUAUAAUGACCGCACUGCACAUGUUUUUUAUCUGAAAAUUGUCAGACCACUUGAUUUUAAUUGUAUAUUAAAGUGUUUACCAGAAUCGAACAAAACAUAGUGGUAUGGUUGGAAAGACUAUAGUAGAAGAAUCUGUUUAGAAAGGGGCAACUGCCAAUAAUUUUGGUGGCACAUACUUUAUUUAUUUUUAUCUACUUUAUAAAAACCAAUUUUGAACAUGCAUUAAUUUCAUGAAGUAGUAACAUGUCAUAACUUUGUAGUAUGACAUGUAAAUAAAGGUGUGUUUUACAUAUUUAUAGCAUAGCUCCUCCUCUACCCUAUGAAUUAGUAUUUACGUUUAUCUGUCAAUAACAUAUCAUUUCGAGGUUGCAUGUUUGGCAAACGGGCACACCCGCUUGUAGAUAACGCAUAUUAAUAAUAUUAGCAAAAUAUUCAAUCGUCUUAAUAUAUUAUUAUUAUCAAUAAUGGAUAAAAAGCUAAAAUACGCUGUAAUAAUUGUUUUAGUGAGUCUAGUUGUAUGUCUUACUGCAGUGUUAGCUCUGGUUUGGACAAUGCCAGAUUUGCAAGACAACGCUCAAAUGUGUCUGCCGAGUGAAGAUGGAGUUCUUAAAUGUGACACAACAGGUGAUUUGUUACAUGUGUACUUAGAAAGGACCAUUUCCACAAAAUACGAAGAAAUCAAAACAAAAGAUAUAAAACGACGACAGGAGUAUCUGGAUAAUAACAGAGAUCGUCUACUGAAUAUCUACGGCAAAGUCUUCUGGGAAAUGAAGCCAGCCGCUAAACUCACUGGAAAAGAACAACCUGACGCAAGAAAAAGGGCAGAUGAAGGGGCAGAGAUGAUACCAAUUAGGGAAUGGAAGCUGGUAAAAGAGCUGAGUAACGCCAGUGGGUUCGAAAGAUACGGCAUUCGUUACCGCAAUGGUCGCCUUGUUGUUCCUGUUGAUGGAACGUACUUUGUAUAUUCAUUUGUUAAUUUAUUUGAGCAAUGUGAUCCUUCUACUGGCAAACCUGAUGUCAAAGACACAAGCAAACCAAUAAAACACGGCAUUUACAAAUUUAAUAUUUUAGAAGAGGUAGAUACUGAAAUAAUUUCAAGCGUCCAGCCCCAUCAAAUUUCAAGCAACAAACGUUUUAACUCUUAUGAUAGCUAUGUUUCAUCUUUUGCUUCUCUUAAAGCUGGGGACGAGAUAUCGGUCAAGGUCAGUAAUAUAACAUAUCUUAAAUACCCAAGAGAUAACUACUUUGGGUUAAAUCUGAUAUGAUAACGUUAUAUAAUGGGGCAUUGGGACUAGAUAUGAACUUGCUUUCACGAAACAAAAAUGAUUUUAUCUUAUUAAAGUCUCACUAAUGUAUUACACACAUCACAUUUACAAAUUUAAUAAAACCAGUAAAAUGAAAUACAUUGUCAUUUAAAAUAAUGAAUUAUAAGAGACCAUACCUCGAGUAAAUAACAAGACUAUACCCUUUUAUUUACAAUUAUCUCACUGUGGGGAAUCACAUGAUCAAAAUAAUCUCUAAACCAAAGUUAUAUUUUGAAGAACAUGAAUAAAUUUCCUGUCAUGAUAAGAUACGAAAUUUAAACAUAGCUUAUCAUGUGACUAAUGAAAAUUGUUAAAUUAUCAUGUAGUUGACAAUAAUGAUAGAUAUCCUGUAAUUACAAACACUAAGGAAAAUAAUAAGUAUCAGUUUCAUGAAGUGUUCCAGAUAAUCAAAAGGUGAUUGUGAUUGAAAUCGUUGUAGUUUUAUGAUACAUGUAUGCUGGCAUAUGAUAGGCUAUAUUUUAGAUUUUCAUCAAAAGAUUCUUCAAUAUUAUCCCAUAUUAUUCAUAAAUUUAUUUUGGUUUAGAGAUUAUUUUGAUCAUGUGAUUCCCCGCAGUGAAUAUAAAACGAUGAUAAAAUGUGCUAAAAAGCUUAAGUAAGUACUCAUAUUGUAACUCAAGUUAUAGCGUUAGACUUGUAAAUGACUCGACUGAGCGAACGUUUGAGGAUGUUUCGCCAAGUGACUUAAGUUAUUACUCAGCUGAGAGAAAACUAUCGUGUCAAAUCUUUAUUCGUAUUAGCUACAAUUCCAGUAGAUCUGCGAACUUCGAAAUAAGCAAGAGAGACUUCUUCUGCACUUUGAUUGGCUGAGAUGAUUUUGAUGAACAAACAUGGCAGCUGAAGCAACCAGUCAACUCGUUCACAUUUUGGGAAUAUGGCCACUAGACCCAUGAUGAUUGAUACAAGUUACUUUGCACAUUUACGGGACAGUUGUAUUAGUCUUGUGAAUAACUCAGCAUUUCAAAUUAAAUUGAUUGGUUCACAAAUAGUCUGCUCGUAUGAUAUGUAUGCAAAAUAAAUAUACCUAUGUCCCUACCUAUCCAUAUAACUACCUUAAUUACUUUUGGCAGUGGCAAUGGGUUUGGUUACCGGUCGUCAGGUUUUCUGAUCUCUAGACCUAAAGAGGACAAUGUAUAAUUAGUUGACAUAAUUUUCUGCUUAAAUCAGCCACUAAAAAAAGAUGUUCGUACAUUUUUAUAAAUGUAUUAUAUUCUAUUUUAGCUCUAAUUUCUUGCCAUAUUGAAUAUGAAAUAAUAACGGCGAUUUCCAUUAGUCACCUUUAUUUACUCAGGAACAAUUUAAAAGAACAAUGCAAAUGCAAAAUACUAAAGAAAAUCGUAGUAUUUUUACUCUUCAUUUAUUUAUUUAUUUAUCUGCGUUUUACGGCGCACCAACACAGUUCAACCCCGAGAAAAAGGUUUCCAUAACAUAAUACAAAUAGCUAAUUUAUAUAAAAAAUAUCUAAUAUACGUUUUUGGGGGGAUUAAAUGACAUCUCACAUUUCUCUUUCCAAGCAAAUGCAAUACACAAAAUAUCGAAACAAAGGAGAGGUUAUUUUAAAACAUGUAGACAUUUAUUUGGUUUUUUAAAUUUUCUCUUGUUUGUGACAGCUUUUUAAGUAUCUUCUUUGCAAAUACCAUUUCCAGUAUUCAUAUUGAUUACAUCCUCAGGUCAGGUCACUGGACCCCUAGCCACUGUAAUUAAUUUACUCAUGUCACGCGUGAUUACAGUUCAAGUAAUUUAAAAAUGAUGUAGUUUUCAUGCCUCGUAGACUUUAUGUUGUUGUUUUUAUACGAAGGUACAACAAAUAGUUCAAAACUAGUAGAAGAGGCUCUCAAGAGAGAUUGUUUUGUUUUGAGCAACACAUUUUGUCGUAUGACACAUGUAUUCUAAAAAUAUCAUUUUGAGAACUUAUACUGAUUACCAGCCCCAUGUUGUACAUACAUUUUGUAUAUUUUGUAAAUUCAUUUUUUCUGUAGCUUUAGUCUGUUUGUGUUUUUUUUGUAUAGUACAGUAUAUGACAGUUAAAAACUGAUUCACUUAUAACUUUAUAUUAAUAUGGUAAAUAUAGCAAUGCAUGCAUUUUGUAGUUAUGACUGUACUACUUCUACCUUCAUUUUGCCACUUUAAAGGUGAUUAAUCAGAUUUUGGUCAAGUAAAGUAUUUGAUCGAAAUUUUGAGGUAGUUCUGCGUGUUCAAAAUAUAUUUUCUACAGUAUGUAGAAUGAUCAUUAAACAUAUUUUUUAAUCUUCAAAAUAUACUUAGAACAUUCGGCAAAUAAAAAAGAUAAGACCGUAUGUUAGAUUUUUUGCUAUGCAGGUUUUAUUAAUUGGUAUCUCAGCAAAAAUCAAACUUUUGAAGGCAAUUGUCCUGCAGUGAGGACUUUAUUGAAAGAUUUUACAAGUAUUAAUCAAUAUAUUGUCUAUUAUAUAGUCAAAUAAAAUAAAUACGUCCGUGUGCGUAUUUUUAAAAUGUAUGCCCAUGGUUUCAGAGAUUCGAAAAUUUCAAAAUGAUUUGCAAACAUUAUUUAGAUUAUUUCAAGUGUCAAUAUUUUGUUUUCAUUUUUCGUCUUUAAGAAAAGAAAGUGAUGUUGUUGUUUAAUAAAUAUACACACAAAAUGACAUUUUUCCGCAAGAUAAUUUUCCUUUCUGUAUGCCUGGUCCAGGCCUUAUCCACUGUUUUCCGGAUAAGUGACAUUACACAAUAACUUUCGGUUUAUCACACGUGCAGAACUACCGAAAGUACUGAUUAAUCAGUUUUGCAUACAUAAUUGUAAAGUUUGAUAUGUCAAAUGUUCUGUGUUGCUAUGGGUUUA